UAGCAUAUUUCUAUGAAAUCUUUUGAUGGCUGUCUGCUGUCUGCUUAAGUGGGCAUUGAUGGCAUGUUAAUUUUUAAAAAGUUUGUACUUCAAAUAUAGGAACUAUCUUGCUUUCGGCGGAUUAUUCUCAGUUGGAACUUCGAAUAUUGGCGCAUUUGAGCGAAGACGCAGGUCUUUGUUCUGUUCUAGCCAACCCGAUGGCGAUGUUUUCCGCGGCAUUGUAUCGGUUUGGAAAAAGAAAAAGCAAGAAGAAGUCAGAGACGAUGAAAGGCAAAAAGCGAAACAAAUCUGCUACGGGAUUGUUUACGGCAUGGGAUGUAAAAGUUUAGCCGAACAGUUGGAAGUCGGGGAAGAAGAGGCUCAACUCUUUGUGAACACUUUCCACGCAAGGUAUCCUAGUAUACAAAGCUUUAUAACAAACACAGUUAACCAGUGCCGCACGAAUGGAUUUGAUGAUGUUGAUGCCUAAUUUUCUUGACAGGUCAACCGAUGUGGAAAAAAAUUCAGGAGGAAAAUGAAUUGAGCUGCUGACAUUGGCCUAUUCUGGAAUACAUCAGUUUGCAUCAUAAUCAGAAAGUGAUUUUCGUCAUAGUAGUCAUAGCGUAGUAAGGAUUCACUAUGGAGGUCCCUUACAAGUUAGAAGUGAUUGCUUUGACUACAAUCAUCAUUAAACUGGGUGUCUCAGUUUUCCCAUAUUCUGGCAAAAAUCAACCUCCAAAAUUUGGAGAUUAUGAAGCUCAAAGACAUUGGAUGGAAAUUACGGUUAACUUACCCAUACAGGAUUGGUAUAGAAAUACAACAGACAAUGAUUUAUUGUACUGGGGACUGGAUUACCCUCCUCUCACAGCAUAUCAAAGCUACCUAACUGGAUCGGUGGCUAAGAAAAUCAACCAAGACUAUGUAAAACUCCAUGUGUCUCAGGGAUUUGAAAACUUUGACCACCAAUAUUUCAUGAGGAUGUCCGUCCUUGUGUCUGAUUGUAUUUUCUUUGUCAGUGCACUUUAUUUUUACAUUAGAAGCUUGAAGAUGAGUAAUAAGUACAAAUGGGUUUUCUUUGCUUUGUCCUCACACUCUGGACUCACCCUUAUAGAUUAUGGUCAUUUUCAGUACAAUUGUGUUUCGUUGGGGUUGACCUUGUGGGCAAUCAUUUUUGUUUCUCAGGGAAAGAAUGUGUUAGCAGCAAUUGCCUUUUCAGCUGCCUUAAACUUUAAGCAGAUGGAGUUGUAUCAUGCAAUACUUCUAUUUGCUGGCUUCUAUUUGCUGGCUUCCUGUCAACCUAAAGGUUCCUCACUUCCCUCCCAACUAAAGAAUUUGGUCCAGAUUGGCGCUGCCACAGUGGCGACCUUUGCAAUCAUUUGCGUGGAAUCUUUGAAGACUAUGUCGCCAAUUUUUGGUGCACGCUAAAUGUUGUGAUCAAAAUCAAACGACUAUUAAACCCAACCUCAAUCACCUCGGGAACUAUCACCUAGGCCAUGCCCGUGCCUGAAAGAAAAAGUCAGGACGUUGAUUCGAACGGAUUCGAAUGCAACGAGCACUAAGUACGGUCACAUUAUUGGAGGAAUGACCGUGUGCUUGGUUCGUGAUUUGGAGUCACAAGUGAUAGCUGCAAGCUGAUAUCACUCGAACCACUGCACCAACCCGACUAAGCGUAUACUUACCUAUCAUACUUACCAUACGAAAUUUGCUUCAUCAAGUCUUUUAUACUGUCUCAUAGAUGAUCGAAAAAAGCUGCAGCUCAUUAUGGCGUCAGUUUAGCUUUAAUGCUAAAUUUCGCUAACACGGUGAACUAGAUUGACAAUAAUAAAAAAUGAACUUUAUUCGUCACUUGCUGUGUUACUUAUUAUUAAGAAUCUCAAUUAUGCUAAACAAAUUUUGACACGCAAAAAAUGCUACAAUAGAAACGGAAACGGUUGCACUCACGGAUCGUGACUGGAACAUGUAUACCAAUCCCGCCAUAAGACCUAGAAGUUACUCUUCGGUUGCCACCAGGUGGCAUAUGAGUAGCAUAUUUCUAUGAAUAUGAAAUCUUUUGAUGGCUGUCGUUCGGCCCGUUAAAUUGGCGAUUGUAUGGAAGUGAAAAUGACUAGCUGGUUGGUUACUACAGUCAGUAUGUCGUAUUGUGCACGUCAUAUUCGCCUUGUUUUCUGUAGAUGACAGAAAACGGCAGAAACGACAAGAAGACUCAUGCCUGAACAGAUUCGUUCUGUUCUGUUAUAAUCUAGUAAAUGCUUUUGUAUUGUACAAAUGCAAUUUUAGUUUCGAUCGAACUGAUCACACCGGAAUCUUUUCAGCCUUGUUAGAUUGUGGGGUAAAUGAUGUCGCUGUGCGCACUGCAAAAAUGUUUUUCUUUUUCUCGUAGAAGCCGACUUUGAAUCAAAUGUAAAACAAAACAAAAACUCAAGCAAUCAUUUUAGUUUAUAUUGUUAUGAAUUGGAUUCUGGGAAACUCAUUCGAAGGCAACGUUAUAUCCACUUCAAGAGAAACAGACGAAUGAUUGUCGUCGGAGAGAAAAGGAGGGAAGAAGCGGGAAGAAGAGC